AUGGGCAUUCUACUUUCGAAAAACAAGAGUGCUUCAGACGAUUUCGAACAGAUUCUGUCAAACCUGGAUAAUGACAUUCAAAAGAAGGAGAUUCAACUAACAGAAAUUAGAAUGAAGGAUCGCAGGGUUGCUACACUUUGGUUAAUUUAUUCUACUUUGUUAUGGAUAAUUUAUAUCGUGUACUACCUCUACGCAUUAAAAGAUAAAUAUGACGAUCCUGUGUUCAUGCUACUAACUGUGUCGCCAGUUCUUUUGGGGCCUAUCAGCAUAUUCUAUGUUCGAAAGGGAAUGAAAUGGAUUUAUAACAAAAGACUAUCUAAUAUUGAACAAAACUUGGUGACCCUUCGAAAAAGUCAAAAAUUAAAGGUGGAAGAAUUGAAAAAGAAGACAGCCUACUAUUCGACAAAGUCUCUGUUGGAACGAUACGAUCCCUCAUCCCCACAAAAGAAGGAAAUGGAUGAGCAAAAGAAAAAGAAAAUGGCUCAAGAAGAGGAUGAGAAGAAGAAGAAAAUAAAAGCCCAACAGCAGCAGCAGCAACAACAACAACAGCAACAACAGCACGGGGUUACAACAAGCUCCCGUGGACCAGAUGCACCACAAGACCCAGGAAUACCCAUUACACCACCAAAGCAACAAUGGUUUGAUAAGGUACUGGAUGUAUUAGUUGGUGAUGUUGGUCCUGAGACGAAAUAUGCAUUGGUCUGCUCAAGAUGCUUUGCCCACAAUGGAUUAGUAUUACCUCAAGAAGUAGAGUCAAUUGAAUAUAUAUGUCCCAAGUGCAAUAUAUUUCAUCCAUCUCGUAAAUCGCGCAUGCUUCAUCCUGAUGGACCGGUAUUACCCACUAGGUCACCUACUCCUCCUCAAGAAGAAGAAAAAGAAGUGGGUACUCCUGUUAAAGGAUCAACUGCAUUAAUUGAUAACGAUCAGCUGCGACAAAGAAACGUAGCUGCGGAUUUCGAUUAG